GUCAAACUGCUGAAGGAAAAGGCACUCCGACGGAUGCCAGGGGGUCUCGCAGAGAUCUGGAGACGCCGGGAGGGAUCUAGAGGAAUCCGGGUAACGCCGUUCACUGCCGCGCUGGGAAUCCGCUUUCCCGGGAGCUCCUGUCCCGCACAGCCUGUUGAGUGGGGCGGAGUAAAAACCCAAGUUCCAGCAAGCACCCCGACUGUGAAGGUGCUCAAGCACAGGUACCUAGAGGGGUGCCCCCUUCCCGCCCCUGACGUUCACCCCCAUUUCUGCGUUGGCUGAACGGAUCGCAGAUGCACAUUCCGGAGCUGCUGGCGAAGCGGACACUCAGCCCCAAGGUUGGGGAAGCCUGCGAAGUACCAGCAUCAUUGAUCUGAUAUCGGACCUUUAUUUGAUCUCCCCACAUACGAAUAAAACUUAUCAUAGUAUAUCUGAAUCUGGGAAGAGACCUGCAACACCAUGUUUUGCACCAAAUUGAAGGAUCUGAAGAUAACUGGAGAGUGUCCUUUCUCCUUGCUGGCACCUGGACAGGUUCCUAAAGAGUCCUCCGAGGAGGUAGCAGAAAGCUCAAAAAGUCACGAAUUAACCCAGGCCACAGCACAGGGGAAGCCAGAGAAGAACACGAGAGGAAAUGUCCCUCAAAGGAAGACCAGCCGGAGCCGAGUUUAUCUUCACACGCUAGCAGAGAGUAUUUGCAAACUGAUAUUCCCAGAGUUUGAGAGGCUGAACCUUGCUCUGCAGAGAACUCUGGCAAAACACAAGCUCGAGGAAAGCAGGAAAUCUUUGGAGAAAGAAGAUUUUGAAAAUAUAGUGACAGACCAAGCAAUUGCUGCAGGAGUUCCUGUGGAGAUCAUCAAAGAAUCCCUUGGGGAAGAGCUCUUUAAAAUAUGCUAUGAAGAAGAUGAGCACAUCCUCAGAGUGGUCGGGGGGACCCUCAAGGAUUUCCUGAACAGCUUCAGCACCCUCCUGAAGCAGAGCAGCCACUGCCAGGAAGCAGAGAAGAGAGGCCGGCUGGAGGAGGCCUCCAUUCUGUGCCUGGAAAAGGACGACCAUUUCCUAAACGUUUACUAUUUCUUCCCCAAGAAAAUCACAUCUCUGAUUCUUCCAGGCAUCAUUAAGGCAGCGGCUCACACGUUGUACGAAACCGAAGUGGAUGUGUCUCUGCUGCCUCCCUGCUUCCGAAAUGACUGCAGCGAGUUUGUUAACCAGCCCUACGUGCUGUUCUCCGUUCAGGUCAAGAGCACCAAAGCCUCCUUGUCCCCUGGCAAGCCCCAAUCCUCCCUGGUCAUCCCAACUUCUCUCUUCUGUAAGACGUUUCCGUUCCAUUUCAUGUUGGACAAAGAUAUGACAAUUCUGCAAUUCGGAAAUGGCAUCCGGAGGCUGAUGAACAGGCGAGAUUUUCAAGGAAAACCUCACUUUGAAGAAUACUUUGAAAUUCUGACCCCAAAGAUCACACAAACAUUUAGUGGAAUCAUGACUAUGUUAAACAUGCAGUUCAUCGUCCGAGUGAGGAGAUGGGACAACUCGGUGAAGAAAUCUUCUCGGGUUAUGGAUCUCAAAGGCCAAAUGAUCUACAUUGUGGAAUCCAGUGCCAUCUUGUUCUUAGGGUCCCCUUGUGUGGACAGAUUGGAAGAUUUUACAGGGCGAGGGCUCUAUCUGUCAGACAUCCCCAUUCACAAUGCUCUGAGGGAUGUGGUCUUGAUCGGGGAACAAGCCAGAGCUCAAGAUGGCCUGAAGAAGAGGAUGGGAAAACUGAAGGCGACCCUUGAGCAAGCCCACCUUGCCCUGGAGGAAGAGAAGAAAAAAACCGUUGAUUUGCUGUGCUCUAUAUUUCCCUGUGAGGUUGCACAACAACUGUGGCAAGGGCAAGUUGUGCAAGCCAAGAAGUUCAGUCAUGUCACCAUGCUUUUCUCAGACAUCGUGGGCUUCACUGCCAUUUGCUCUCAGUGCUCACCCCUCCAAGUCAUCACCAUGUUGAAUGCCCUGUACACUCGCUUUGACCAGCAGUGCGGAGAGCUGGAUGUAUACAAGGUGGAGACUAUUGGAGAUGCAUAUUGCGUAGCUGGAGGGUUACACAAAGAAAGUGAUACCCACGCUGUUCAGAUAGCGCUGAUGGCCCUGAAGAUGAUGGAGCUCUCUGACGAGGUCAUGUCUCCCCAUGGAGAACCUAUCAAGAUGCGGAUUGGACUGCAUUCUGGUUCUGUUUUUGCUGGAGUUGUUGGAGUGAAGAUGCCCCGGUAUUGCCUGUUUGGAAACAAUGUUACCUUGGCUAACAAAUUCGAAUCUUGCAGUGUACCACGGAAGAUCAAUGUCAGUCCAACAACAUACAGACUACUCCAAGAUUGCCCUGGGUUUGUGUUUACCCCUCGAUCCAGAGAAGACCUCCCACCAAACUUCCCCAGUGAAGUUCCUGGAAUCUGUUAUUUUCUGGAAUCCUAUCAACAAAGAACAGAUUCAAAACUCAUGUUCCAAAAGAAAGAUGUUUCAGAUGGCAAUGCCAAUUUCUUAGGCAAAGCAUCAGGAAUUGAUUAGCUAAAUCUCUAACUAGUUCUUAGUCUUUGGGGUUUGACUUCUUAGAGCUGAUGUGGAGCUACUGAAAGCACUUUAGGAUUGUGGAUGGCCAAAGAGCAGUAUUUUCAGCCUUGAGGAGUGAAGUCAAGACCUAUUGUUUCUUCUACUUAACAUGACAAAAAUAGAGUCACAUUCAUGCUUCCAAUUCCUCAGUGAGGAAAAAUAUGCCUCAAAAAAAAGUGACUUUUUGGAGGCUAUUUCUUUUAGAUAAUAAUCACUUACUAUAUGUACCUAAGCAGCAGCACAUUGUGUAAAAAAUGUAUUGUAGUAACCUGUGCAGUCUUAUGACAUCACCUGCAGUCUUGUGCCCUGGGGGAAUGCUCUGGUCCCCCGAGCAUAUUUGUGAUAGUGUUGCCGCAAAGCUUUUUAUAAAGUUUAUAGUCAUUGGUACCAUAAGUUUGAAACUUUCAUCAUUUCAACUUUGCUUCCUGUUAAAUUUUCUCAUUUAAAUGUCAGAAGAAUAUAGCAAAAUGCAUCUUUCCUUUUCUGU